CAUUUGUGACUGGAGUUUAGUAACACCAGUUGAAAAAUGGCAGAAGAUUCGGAUGAAGAAGAAAAUCAUCAGGAUAUGGCAGAUCCUGCAGGACCUCGAAUAGUUACAAUUCGUAGAAGUGAUACUGGGUUUGGUUUUAACGUUCGAGGUCAAGUUAGUGAGGGAGGUCAAUUAAAGAGCAUAAAUGGAGAACUAUAUGCCCCUUUGCAGCAUGUUAGCGCUGUUAUGGAGGGCGGAGCUGCUGAUCGGGCUGGUAUCAUGAAAGGAGAUAGAAUAUUAGAAGUAUAUAAUACGGAAGGAUAUGUCUUUAGGCUGAAUAAAAAAAAUUAUUUUUAGAUAGUUUCAUCCACUAAUGAGCAACAUAUAGACUCUAAUAUAGAUUUAAGGUUAUACCAUACAAUUUAUUAUAGCCAAUACGAAAAUUGUUUACAUUUCAGCCUGGUUUUACAUUUGUUGCACUUGUCGAAGUAAUCCUUUGAAGAGAAAUAUUUAUGUUCAUUGAAAGGAUCCAGUAAUAACUUUAAGGAAAUCAAUAAUACAUCUCUUACGGUUUUUUUUUUCCACCUUAAAUAGUUAUUACUGGCAUAAAAUGUACUACAAAAAAGACCAUUGAUACAAAAUAACCCUAUUAUAGUAGUUAAUUACUUAAACAUUAUAACAACCGUAACUCAAUAAACAGUAACGAUUAAUAAUAUUUUUAAACAAUAUUGUAAUAUCACAUCGUAUCUUAUAAAUAUAUGCAAA